GUUCAUAACAAUUAAAUGUAACGUGUGAUUGAUGAUAAAGCAUUAUCAUUAUUUCAAUACAGUACUUUCAAAGACUAGUGAAAGAGGUACCGUAUCCAUUAUGAGUCUGAAAAAUCUCCUUGACGUUCCCAAAGAAGAACAAGAGAAGUUCCUAAAGUCAUUCGAUCAGGUUUUAUUGGACCUUGAUGGAGUAGUGUGGAUAGUAUUUGACCCAAUAACCGGCGCUCUUGAAAGUGUCAAAAAUUUGAAAAAAUUAGGAAAACAAAUUCACUAUGUUACGAAUAAUAGCAUGUUGUAUGAGAAUUAUUUAUUAAAAAUAUUGAACAAUCAUAAUUUCCCUGGAACCAUCGAUGAUAUAGUAACUCCGAUACAAAUAGCUGUUGGCUAUCUGAAAAGUUUGAAAUAUGUAAAUGAGGAAAUUUUUGUAAUAGGUUUACCACCUAUAAAGGAGGGGCUGAAAAAGGCUGGUUUCAACGUAUUGCCUGACCCGCCAAGUACAAUCGAUGUAACUGUUGAAGCGUUGCUUGCAGAAAAUGAUGUUGAUAAACGGAAUGUUAAAGCUGUCAUUCUAGAUGUAGAUACAAAUCUAACGUACAUUAAAUUACAGAAAGCAUACUGGUAUUUGCUUAAUCCAAAUUGUAUAUGGAUUGUUACUCUCAAAGAUAAAUUAUCGCCUAUGGGACCAAAAGGACCAGUUCUAGGAAGCUACCAUAACAUCGAAUGUUUGAAAGAUUUAACUGGUAAAGAAUACACUUCAGUUGCCAAACCUUCAACGGCGUGCGUAAAUUAUAUCAAAGAAAAGUAUAAAGUAACAGAUCCCAAGAAGGUAUUAUUUAUUGGAGAUUCGAUUGAAAGCGACAUGAGUACUGCGGCUAUGGCGGGUUUUCAAAAAUUAUUAGUACUGAGUGGAACCGCUCAGCUAAAAGACGUAAACAAUUGGAAAUAUCCAGAAGACUAUAAACCAGAGUAUUAUGUUGAAAAUCUGGAAGUGCUUAACAAAAUAAUUAAAGCAGUUUUCAAAGAAUUUUUAGUAUCUCCAUUCCUAUUUAGCUACGGUCCAAUAAAUUGUAUCUCAGAACCUCUUCUGAAAAAUGAAUGUACUAAGAUAAAAUUCGUCGAUAUGGCCACGUUAAAAAAUCUCGCCGGAGUCUCAAGAGCCGAAAAAGAGAAAUUUCUAAAUUCUUUUGAUCAAGUUUUAUUAGAUCUAGAUGGAGUUUUAUGGUAUGUCUACAACGCUUUUCCUGGUGCAUCAGAAUGUGUUAAUAAUUUAAUAAAAUUGGGGAAAAAAGCCCAUUACGUCACGAAUACUAGCAGUUUGCACGAAGAAAAACUUCUAAAAAGGUUAAAUGACAAAAACUUUCCGGCAACCAUAGAAAAUUUGGUAACUCCAAAGCAAACACUAAUCAGUUACCUGGAAACUAAAAAUAUGAACGAUAAGGAAAUAUUCGUGAUAGGUUUACAAUCUAUAAAAGAUGGACUCACGAAAGCUGGUUUUAAAUUAGUACCAGAUCCACCAUUCCCUAUCGAAGAGACAAUCGAGGCCAUUCUUUCGCAUAACGAUACUGACACAAGGCAAGUCGGAGCAGUCGUUAUAGAUGUAGAUAUAAAUUUUUCGUAUGUGAAAUUACAAAAAGCAUUUUGGUAUUUACAAAAUCCAAACUGCGAGCUUAUUGUAACUCUUAAGGAUAAAAUAGCGCCAAUGGGACCAAAAGGACCACUCAUAGGAAUGCUUUUUGUCAUGGAAUCUUUGAAAGAUUUGAUUGGUAGAGACUACGUUGAAAUCGCUAAACCUUCUAAAACUUGUACAAAUUACACAAUCAAAAAAUUCAAUAUAACAGAUCCCAAUAGAAUUUUAUUUAUAGGAGAUUCAAUAUUUGCCGAUAUGGGUACGGCGGCUAUGGGAGGAUUCCAAAAAUUACUUGUCCUAAGCGGUAGUGCCACAAUAGAAGAUAUCAAAAAUUGGCAGUACUCUGAAGAUCUCAAACCAGAAUACUACAUACAGGAUUUAGCAGCAUUGAAUGUUAUUAUUAAAUCUAUUUUUCCCAAUUUAGUCGAUUGAAAUUACUAACAGAAAAUAUCAUUCAGUAUUUGAAAAA